AUGAAUCCGUAUGUGACGGAGCCAGAGCACAUCCCCUCCACUGACCUAUACGCGGAUGUUCCACUUUAUGGACGGUACCGUCUGAAACCAGGCGGCUUUCGUGUUAAUCCAGAGCACGUUGGCUCCCAGUCCUCGCACUCGAUGCAAUACUGGGAGUCAGUAGUUGGCCUCUGCGAUGAAUCCGUCAGAAUAUAUCCGGCGAACGAAGGUGGUCGUGAUGUGUUUGCUCUUGGAAGUGUCAUUGUCAAAUCAAGUCACCUACAUGAGACACGAGAGAUUGACUAUUCAUUCGCUGACGCUAAUGAGGUCCGCGCCAUUACUAUUGCCAAGGACAUACUUGGAGAUAUUAGAGUGCCGGAAAUUUACUUUGCAGGCAAGAUUCAUGACCGCCAAGUGCUGAUCCAAGAGAGACUCCCGGGUGUUGCUUUGAGUGUUGCAUGGCCGUACCUCUCUCAAAGCGAAAAGCAGUCCUUUAAAGAGCAGGCACGACUGAUACUUCGACAGCUGCAUACAGUCAAGCCUAUCGAUAGAUGUCAGGUGCGGUCUCACGUUGUCCGAGAUCCCUACAUCCUCAGUAAUGGCCGGAUCAAUCCUUUAGAAGGCGCGAUUCUUUUCUCUGAUACUAAUACCGACCUGGAUAUGAGCUUUAUGCAUAGCGACUUCACCCAAUCUAAUUGCAUCGUUGACAAUGGCAAGAUCGUGGGGCUCAUUGAUUGGGAAAUGGCUGGAUUCUUCGGUUGGAAAACGGCUGGCGAAGUCCAUCGGAGGAUCCGAACACCACAAAGGGAACAUUUCGCGAAUGCCUCUUUGAGCGAAGAGAGUCUUCAAGAUAUUAUGUUUUGGAAUGAUCUCUAUGAUGAUGGCAUGCCUGACUUAUAA